CUGAAAAAAACCGGAAAUCUGUGAAAUAAAACCUGACCCCCACCCCGAGUUAUAAUACCUGACAGAACUCUUCAACUCUUUUUGACCUCGUUCAAAACAUUCAAAAACACCAAAACACCCAAAACACCCAAAACGCUUCCCAGCAUUUGCUAAAUAUUUCCUCGUGUUGUACGCAGUAUUCGUCUGCUGUAUUCGGUCUCCGCCUGUAUCCCUCGUUCUCGUGUGUUAUCUCGCUCUGUUUCUUCCCUCGCCCUCUUGUUUCCGCUGUAUCUCUUCCCUAUAAUCUUUCCUCCCUCUGCUGCCGCCUUUCUGCCCGCCCGGCUGCCCACCAGGCACCGUGUCUUGUCCCUCCCCUGACUCUCUUCUAACCGUCAAGACGUCGUCCCUCCUGGAUCCGUCGUUUCUCCUUCCGCAUCGCGUUGCUUUCUCGAAUAAUACGAUGGGUCGCACCGUUGACCAAGAGGUCCACGCGGCGUUCGUCGAGUUUCGUGCCAAGGAAGAUGAUAAGUGUCUCUCCGUUCAAUGCAUAUACUGCCAGCAGAUCAGAGCAAAGAACACGAGUCGACAGAAGCAACAUCUACUCGAAUGUCCCGCGCUUCGCGGCCAUAAUCCUCCCCAUCCGCAGUCCGCCCCUACCAAUGGCGUAGGUCCCGUCAAUGGCUACGGGGCGGCUCCAAACGGGCCUGCUGGUGGCCCCGGUGCUGGUGCUCUGCAGACUCCUAUGCAGAAUCUCUCCAGUCGCCCGUCUCUCCCUUCGCAAGCUGCUCCUCCCCCUAGCGCAUCCUCCGCAGCUCCCCAGGCGCAGCAACGAGCCCACAGCACCCCCAAGUCUUCGAAGCAGCCCAGGCAGAGCACCUCAAGCCUGCCGGCUCCCCCUCUCGACGAUGUACACGCCGCCUUUGUUGAGUUCCGCGCGAAGGAAGAGGAUAAGUGUCUCUCUGUCCAAUGCAUAUACUGUCAACAAGUCCGUGCGAAAAAUACGAGUCGACAGCGCCAGCACCUGCUAGAAUGCCCGCCAUAUCUCAAUGUGAUGAAAGACUCCAUCCCCGCCAAUAACCUCCAACACUCGUUCCCCGAAGGGGAUAUUGCCCGCUCUCUCCAGCUCCCUAUUCCCACAUUGGAACUUGACUUCCGUAUGAGUCUCAAAUUAAAUCCAACGGUAACAGUUGGACAGGGCCUCUGGGGACAAAGAGACUGGGUCACGUUUGUUGGUGGUCAAUGGGCGGGAAGAUGGGGUAAAGGAAUUGUUCUGCCCGGAGGACAAGAUUCGCAGGUCGUCGUCAAGGAGCUAUCCACACACAUUAAAGCAAACUACCUGUUGCAAACUGCAGAUGAACCGCCAGCGUUCAUCGUCGCAAAGACCACCGGCUGGAUGACGGGCGCAAAGGACGUUUUGGAGAAACUCGCAGACCCAUCUAUGGCCGACUCCGUUAACCCCACCACCUAUAAAUAUCGCAUUAACAUAUCUUUGGAGACGGGCGACGAGCGCUACGCAUUCGUCAACACUGUCAUGUGGGUUGGUAGUGGUUGCCGUCGUUCCUCAGAGGUUAUUUUCGAUGCUUUCCGCAUCACCUAAAUGGAACGAGCGACGAUCCUUGUAUUCGUUCCCUGUGAUUUGAUUUUAUAUUUUUACUUGGCUUUUCUAUGUGGGGUAAAAGCUAGGAUUUUACAUCAAACAACUUUCUCUCCCCAUCCCCUAUUCACUAUGUCUUUUUGAGUCGAAACAGGAUGGUGUCAGUGGCGAACUUAGGACGAUGUCUUGAUGUCUCGAUUUUUUUUAAUAUUUAUUUUCAAUUUGAUCUCUCGGGGCUAAGAGAAACUGGGCCUCUUGCCCGGGAUGCGUUUUUUCCGUGCGCUUUAGUGAUGGGGUGAUGAUAUCUUGUUUUUCCCUUUGAAAAAUCCUUUUUAUUCUCCCGUCUAUCUACUUUCUAGUCUUUUUUCCCUUGAUCUUCUACGAGCGCAAACAAACAAAUACCACCUAUCGUGCUCUCAUUCUCAAAUUUGUGUUUUGAUAUUAUUUUAUGUCUCGUCGCCACCUUUUAUAUUUUCCAUUUUAUUUACUUUUAUCUUCCCUUUUAUCUCAUGUUAUCCUCCUUUAAUUCUAGCUUGCUACUAUUUUUUUUCGACAUGGUUUUGAUGCGCCUUUUGCUUCCUUCUCGUUUCCCCCGAAUGACUUAGGGCUGUGACUAAUCCACCCUGAGACCUAGCCCUCCUUUUUUUCCUUUACCUUUUUUUCCUUUUUCGACUCCUUCCAAUCCUCUUAUAAUUUGUAUCUUUUUGCUUAUUCUUUUCUUUUCAUGUUCAAUUCCAUUAUUUACUAUUUAACCACUUCAUGUAUUGCAACCAGCAGUCUUCAUAGUUUGACAACUCUCUACAUGUAUCUGGAGCAUGGUUAUUGUUUUUUAUUACUAGUGCGACACAUACGAGACGCGAGAAAAUGUGUAACUAACUAACUGUUAACUAGUGGUUACGUUCGUUGAAGGAACAGCUACUUCAGGUGGUCAAAGUGUGUCUGUCUGUCUUUUUAAACUCCACCCUUCUUCCUUUCAACUCCUGAUAUCCGCCAUGCAGGAGAUCACCUGUCCGGCGAUUGUCAUGUUCUCUUUUUCACCCGGCAUCGUUUGCACAUAUCGGUGAUGAAAACAAUCUAGCACAGCAACCUUCUUCAAAAUAGUUAUUAGCACGGACGCUCUUCCUUGUACGGACUGACGAACCCAAAAGCAAUAUUCACGGUCCAAGGCCAAUUCCUUGCACGCUACGCCUCGUGCUGAAAACAGCUCCUUUGAGUGGGCUGAAGCUAAAACGGUUGCUCUUUUAUACAACUAUCCGGCUUCUAGAGGAUAAAAUCCCCUGCUUAGGUGGACGACGCCCUAUAGGCUCCCGAUCUAUAUAAGUAUACUCUGUAGGUGAAAAUGCUGUUCAACUGUUGAUGGUAGGGUUGGAAUUGCUAUCUACAGCGCUAUAUCGCUAUUUGUCAUGGCAGCUGCGAAAUAUUCCAGCCCAACGCGCGAAGCAAAAUCGGCGAAGGGACGAAGUUUUCGGCCGCGCAUAGCUUUGUCAAAACCAUCUGCAUUAUACAUCUCAUGUGUUAGACAGCGGCCGCCUGUUACUAAACAUAAAGACACUGCUCACACCUGCUCUAUCUUCUCUUCCUACCGCAGUAGUUCCCAACAAACAUGUCUGCGUUUUAUUGGGAGCCCAAGUUGCCGGGUAUUCUGCAAAGAUAGAGCCUUAGGGAUUCAACACCUGACUACAGAGUAAAUCCUCACACAAUUUCCUCCGCGAUGAAAAGUCGUCUGCAGAUAUGGAUGUCAAACACUUAACUCCUUCAAUCUUGCCCCUGGAAGCCUCACUGCCCAUGCCACAUAAACUUUCUGUAUCCGCGGUCGAUUCUGCCACUGUCUCGUACUCACUGUACCAACAUCUCCUGAUUAUGGAGUCGAUCAUUGGCUCCCGGUUCAACUCUGGAAAUAUCAUCUUUUGUAGCAGAUCCAUGACAACAGGCCUGUGCUCCUUACCAGAGCGAUUGUCACCGACACAUUGAUCACCAUAAACUUCAAAUCCAUAAUUUAUUAGAUAGAAUAGCAAAACAAAGCGCACAUUGCUCUGUUCGUGGGACAAGUAGGCCUGUAUUUCUUGUGCACAGUUCCUUAUUCCACUCCUAUGGUGCUCUGGGAUUACUGUGCGUAUAUGAGAGAAGAAAUAUUUUGAUAUGGUGGCAGACACACCAUGGGCCAUGAUGUGAUACCGAUUGCCCAGAAUCGCGGGCGCAAGCGGAAAUGGGAAGAUCUCAAUGCCAAACUAGAACGCGCCAAUAUAGCAUUUCAAGUGCCUCACUCCGUCCUUCGUAAUCAAUUACAUCUAAUUCUUGUUCAAUGGAUAAUCUCCAAAUAUAUUCGCGGCUUUCCUUCCAGGCCCUUGGGGGUAUGGUAUGAUGUUUAUUGGGCAGAAGACCGCACAAACUUAAUUUGAGCCAAUAACAUUUGGAUCAUUUCUUGCUUCCUGCAGUAUCCUUCUCAUGAAUUAACCCAGGUUUGGAUCUGGCCUUCUUUAUCUGCUCCCACCAGGGAAAACCUCUCUCUGUAGUUUGUUAACCCAAGGUAGCAGAGGUUGAUAGUACUCAGUAAAAUAUUU